AUGCCCGAUGAAGUGACCGACAAACAAUCGGGCCCGGGUCGUCCCGUACGGAAAAGAGGCCGACCGAAAUUAGAGGCUAAAGAUGCCACUGCCAUCGAGGAGAAUACCAUCCAGACCCUCAGAUCUCGCGUCAAUGUACUAGAGCAGACCCUAGAGAAUGUAUCAGAUCUCCUCGGCGGAGCCCACCGCGACGCGAUCAAUCAGCUCAACGACGAUCCAACUCUUCAGCCAAGCGUGGACUAUCUCGCUCGCACACGAGAGCUCAUCCUAGCAGAAAUAAACAAGGCCAGAUCGACCUCUGAGCACGACGAUGAUCUCCAACUCCAGAACAACAGUCCAUCGACGGACAAGCCCACAUUCGGCUACGAAGUGUCACACACCUAUCCCCAGAAGCAGGAUUCCAACAGCUCCUCUUCAUACCCACAAUACACCCGAGCCCGUUCCCCAUCCCCACUAAUAAACCGCAUCCUCCCAACAACAACAAUCUACACAUACAGCCACCAAGAAUCCAACCUAGCCCGCCGCCUGCACAGAUUCAGCCUCGAGCACACCUACCGCUGGCUAACAGACCCGCGCACUGAUCCAGCCCUGCUAAGCCGCGUCUUCGGACUAGUCCCCUGCAUCCACGACAUGGCAGGCAUAAGACGUAAUUUCCGGCGCACGCUGCAGUCCGAGAUCGGGAGCGGGCUAGAAUUCAUCAAGAUGCCUUUCUACACGCUCGGCGGUGCGGGGAAGCACUUCCCGUGCGUCGACAGCGACGGGAACCCCGUGUACCCGGAGAACAGUCGGAGACCGGGGAAGAUCCUGCGGCGGAUGGUGCGGAUUUUGCAGCGGGGCGGGAUCCAGGAUUGGGAUGAGGAUUGGAGUGGGGAUCGGGAGCCUGUUAUGGAGGGAGGGGUGGAUGGGCUGGCGCAGAUGAGUGAGGAGGAGAGGAUUCGGUCGCUGGAUCUUGAUGGCGAGUGGUUUGAUUGUCGUGAUGUCCAGGGGUAUCUGGAGCAUCGGGGUUUUGUGCUUGAUGGGUCUGGGUUGAGGCUCGGUGUUCCGGAAAGCUUGGUUGGGGCUUUAUAUGGCUUUUCGCCGGAUCGAUCGACUGUUUCCAGUCUCUACGCUUCUCCUGAUGGGACUCCUCCUGUUACUAAGAUGGAGUCGGAAUCCUCGGCCUCGUAUACUUUGGAUGUUGAGUGUUUCUUUGAUCUACUCCUCGCAAACCUCAGAAUCCUCGGCCGCGCGCCAGGCUUCCGACUAUGGGAUGUAGACGCCGCAUUGCGAUCAGCGAUCUCCCGUCGUCCUUUUGGUUAG